UCUCUUUCUCACAAGACUUUUCAUAAAACAAGUGUAGCACUUUUUCAUUUUUUUAAUUCCCAACUUGCUCUCUUCCCUCACCCCACCCACCCACCUCUCUCUCUAUUAACUUCUCAACCUCCAAAUCUUAACAAUCCAAUUCGAACAAAUUAUCAAAUGUAUCCAUCAUCAACAUCUUCUUCAUCACAAGGUUCAAUGAGCCACACCAGCACCACCGCUGGCGGCGCCGGCGGUGGUCUCACUCGCUACGGUUCAGCUCCGGGAUCAUUUUUAACUACAGCAGUUGAAGCCGUCGUUAACGGUAAUCACGAGUUCGCUUCUCACGGAUCUCAUCACUCACACCUUGGUCCUUCACGGUUUUUUCAGUCCAAUCUAGCAUCUACUUCGUUAAAUUCCGAAUCUACAAGUAAAGCGAAGGAACAAUCGAAUUUACAGAGGUCAAUUGGUUUCAAUGACUUAACAAUCGGCGGCGGAAGCGGCGCUGGAGGAGGAGUUUUGCCGACGACUUCAACGACGCCGUUGGUUCGACAUAGUAGCUCACCGGCGAGGUUCCUUAAUCAACUUGCUACUGCUGCAGGUGAUACUGGAUUUUCAGUUUCAAUGGGGAGAGGAAGCUAUAACCCAAAAGGCGGUGGAGAUAGUGGCCGGGGAAUAACAAGGCUGAACUCUCAGCUCAGCUUCACAACGCAAGAAGCUCUUUCUCAAAUAGCAGAGGAAAAUGAGGAUAUUGAAGGGACCAGUAUAGCCAAUGGCCACAGAAAGUCAACACAUUCUUAUGCCAGUGCAAGUAGUUUCGCGAUGGGUUCUUGGGAAGAUAACAACUCUAUAAUGUUCUCUGUCACACCUAGCAAACGAUCCAAGCAGAUUAGCAAUGACAUUGUCAAUGGGCUCGAUGACGGGGAAACUCAGUUUCAGUUUGGCUUGUCUCAGACAGCUCUAGAAAUAGCAUCUAUGGAUAGAUUGCUGCACAUCCCCGAGGAUUCUGUUCCUUGCAAAAUUCGUGCCAAGCGUGGUUGUGCUACUCAUCCUCGCAGCAUUGCAGAAAGGGAGAGAAGAACCAGAAUUAGUGGGAAACUAAAGAAGUUACAAGAUCUUGUUCCAAACAUGGACAAGCAAACGAGCUAUGCUGACAUGCUGGAUCUAGCAGUGCAGCAUAUUCGAACCCUUCAAGAUCAGGUUCAGAAUCUGAAUACAGAACUUGAAAACUGCAAAUGUGGAUGUAGGAAAUCAAGUCAAUAACAAAAUGGGAGGAAGCACUUUAGCUGAAGAUUGACUUAAAAGGAUUUUUGUCACCAUUAUUUUGCUUCUUAGAAACUCAAAUUUGUACAUAUGGAAGUAAAUUUCAUACUAGUUUUUUAAAGCUAAAAAGUGAACUCUCUUUGUUUUUUUUUCUUUUCCCUUUUCCAGUUAGAAGACUACGUAUAUGAUUGUUUUGGAUUAUUUCUAGUUUUCUUUUUUCAUCUAACAUUUACAUUUUUAAUUUAUUUUUGAGUUUAUUUUGCUUGAAGAUCAUAAAAGCUAAUUGAUGAUGUUGUACAA